AUGUGUUCUGGUGAUGAAUCAUCAUCAACGUUAAGUAUUGAAUCAAUUGAUUGGUCAAGUGUCGGAUUGUGCGGUGAUAAUAUAUCUAUGAGAAGAUUUGAGGAAAAGGUGGUAAGUGCGAUAGAAGAAGAUAAAUUAGAUGGUGAUGAUAUAUCUUCUUCUAAUGGAUUUUGUGAUGUCGGUUUUCUUGGAGCGAAAAAAUGUUUUGAAGGUAAAAUUCCUGAUGCAUGA